AAAAAUCGUUUGAGACACUGAGUUCUCAUUCGCACAGAACAAAAUAAAGAAUUGCUUUCUAGUCGAACGAAACAACCAACGUGCUCCAUCAAACAAUGUCGAAUCUGAUUUCAUCAUUUAUUCUCUGGUGCUGUUAUUUUGGACUUUUGACCACUACGUCUUCGGUUCAAGGAUUCGCAGUAGUCGAACCCAAUCAUGUCUUCAGACAAUCGUCGUUGUCGGCAUCGUCGCAGGAAAACCAAGAAACACUCGAGCUCUUCAGUCCCUGUAAGAUUAAUCUAUUUCUACGAAUUAUUCGAAAGCGAGAAGAUGGCUUCCAUGAUUUAGCUAGUCUCUUUCAGGCCAUCGGUUUCGGCGAUACUCUCGAAUUGACGCCGUUGGGGGAAACUGCCGACGAAGGAGAGGGAUCCGACGAGUUCACGUGUAACAUGCCUGGUGUCCCGGUUGACUCGACAAACUUGGUUUUAAGAGCCUUGGAUCUGAUGCGGGAAAAAACAGGUGUGAAUAUGUAUUUCAAGACCAAUUUGAUCAAGAAAUGUCCUGCCCAAGCCGGCUUGGGUGGCGGUUCUGCCAAUGCAGCGACUGCCAUGUGGGGUGCGAACGAACUCAUGGGUAGACCGGCAUCUUUGGAACAAGUAAGCCCUUGCUGUUGAAUUGCUCCGAAAAUUUGUUYGUGAUGGCAUCUGAUCAAUUUAUAAUCUUCACGUCGAUUUUUCUAAUAUUUCAUAUUUCACCACGACUYUGCCAACGAUUUAUAGAUGAUCGAAUGGUCGGGUGCGUUGGGAAGCGACAUAACUUUCUUCCUUAGUCAAGGUACAGCCUACUGCACCGGAAGAGGGGAAAUCUUGACGCCUAUCGAUCCACCUUUGCCGACCGGAACAAAGGUGUGCAUAGUGAAACCGGAUGUCGGCCUAUCUACACCGUCUGUCUUCAAAGCCCUGGAUUAUGAUGAGUUGAGCAAUAUGGAUCCAGAUGAUGUGCUGCUGCCUGCUUUCUUAGAUGCCGAGGGAGUUGAAAAUGUGUCGGCUGAAUAUUACGUAAAUGAUCUAGAACCGCCAGCGUUUCGAUGUGUACCAAGACUCGGAGAACUCAAAGAAUCUCUGCUGAAGGUGUCAGGAUUUAAGCACGUAAUGAUGUCAGGAAGUGGGACUAGCAUAUUCUGCAUUGGAGAACCAGAUGAUCACGAAUCUUUUAUGAAAAAAUUCGGUGAAAUGGAUGAUGUUCAAGUUUUUUUCUCUGAAUUCAUUGACAGAGAAAAAGGAGAAUGGUUCCAGAAGCCAUAACUAUUGUAGUCUAUGAUUCGCUACUUUAUGUAUMUAUUUUACAAGGAAUAAGAGUUUACUUGGGAA